CAGAAAAGGCCAGUGUCAAACUGAGAGUUCAGCCUGUUAAUCAGAAAAUGAAGAAGAAGAAGAAAGGGAAAGAGAAGAAUGAAGUGAGUGGGCCUGGAAAUGAUGAGGAUGAUUUGGCCAGUCCUGAGGAUCCCCCUGCAGGUGACAUGGUGGAACCAGAGCAACCAAAUAAAAGGAAACAGCAACGACUCAAGAAGAUUCCAUCAAAAGAGAGUGACAAGGCAAAGGAGGAACCUAAAGACACAGUCAGCAGGAAACCAGAUGAAGAAGAACCAACUCAGAAAGUGGAAAAGAAAUCUCAGAAAUCCUCUGAGAUGAAAAGCUCGAAGCUGUCGGAAGAUGGGAAAGAAAAAGCCAAGACAAGCAAGGCUAAGUCAUUAAAGGGGACCAGAAAAGCGAGGCAGGGCCCCGGAGACAUAAAGGAGACGGUGUAUGACGAGGCUGUGAAGGAACAAAGUCGGGAGCAGAAGAAUAAGAAGCAUGCAGAUGGUCGAGACCUGGGUUCCCUCUCAGACAAAGAAAUGAUGAAUUCUGAUGCGCAGACAGCGAAGGACUUAGCAGACGGAAAGGCUAAACAGAACACGCUGUCGGUCGUGUCUGAAGGGAGCUUGUCUGAAGAAAGUCAGAAUCUCGGGAAACGGAAAAGAAAACAGACCGGACAGUGGUGGUUGAGUUGUAGUCAGAGCGCAGAGGAAACAAAGGCUACAGACAACCAGCCAACACUCAAGAAGUCCAAACAGCACAACAAAGAGCCCAGCGCAACAGAACCAUCACCUGUGAAGGCCAAGAAGGACAGACCGUUAAAGAAAAGAAAUCAGAAACAGCCUGCGCCGUCGUCCAGUCAGAGCACAACUUUAGCUAAAGAAAAGAAACCAAAACAAAAUAAAAAAGGGGGAGUCUCACGAGAAAAGACAAAAGCAGCAGAUGAAGUAUUUAACACGAUUGAGGCAGAGCAGUUUGAAGAGCAGCGGCAGGAGGAGGAGGUCCCGGAUCACGACCUGGAUCCUGGGCACUCAAGCCCUUUGGUCUUGGCACACAGAGACCUCAGUCUUAACCCAGGGGAGCAGUUAUUUCAGAGGGUCUACAAUCAUGUCUCCGGCACACCAGGGCGUCUCUCUCCCAGAAGACCUCUGGAGAAGCACAGGGCAGCAGAACGAGAGAGACGGAGCAGGAAACCUCCUGGUAACUGGUGGACGGUUAAUGAUAUGUCCGAGGACGUGGGGAGCGCCUCCUCACAACCUCAGCAGCUUAAUCCCAAGGAGCCCAAAUCUCGUAAGGACAGAAAAAAACAGAGCAGAUCUCCUAGACUUGGAACUCCCAAAAACGGCAACAUGUUGGUCUCAUCAAAACCACUGGGGGGAGCUCAUGUUUCUCCGCUGAAAGUGAAGCCACUGUCUGCUCCAAAGACUGUCAAACGCUCUCUGGCCAUGUUUAAAGAAAUUUUCACAUCGGGUGCAGAGACACCGGCUGUACUCAGCAGCAGAGACAAAGGUCAGAAUAACACACAUAAUGUCAACGCGCCUCCUGCUGAGGAAGUCACUGUUACUGACUGUUACACGGUCAGUAAGACUGAUAAAGAGAUACUCAGCUUGGAUGCUGGGGAGUUCAGGAGCUCGCAGAACAGCUCCAUCAAUCACGACGUUCCACAGGACAACAAGUGUCAGCCAGAGAACAUGUUAAAAGAUUUAAGAAGUGGACCAUCCUCUAUGAUUGAGCUGGCCGAGUAUGAGGAGAGUGACUCAUGUCUGCCAUCGUCCAGAGUUCAUGCUGCGCUUUCUGUAUCAGAUCUGUGUGCUCCUCCUCUCAAACCGCUGACCUUACAGCCGAAAGAUAAGGCCAACCUGACAGAGUGGUUUAGGACUCUCUGGUCUACCACUGUCAACGAUGGUACUGACAUCACUCCGGACCAGUUUGACUGGUACUUCUAUCAAGGCAGAGCGAUCGGCGUCCUGGCGGAUCUGAACUGUGGCUCCAUCUGUAAUGGAAAGAUCCUGCUGGGCUCCUACAUGAAGAAGCCUCUCUUGGUGGAUCACAGCGCCACAACAGUUUUUAACUUAUUAACAAGCUCUGUGAAUGUAACCAUCAAUGGCAUGAAGUCCCACUUCAACCCAGGACAAUCCUUCAUGGUGCAGUGUGGACAUGCCUACAGCAUCCAGAACGUCACUGCUCAACCUGCAGUUCUGUAUUUCACCAGGAUAUCAGCAGAGAGUUCAGAUUGAAGUCACCAGCUGGAUGGUGGAUGGAUUACCAGCCACAUGUUCCUAAGAAGUGACCAAAUACCUAAGGGUUAAAGAAGAGACUGGUGAUGUGUACAGUUAUUUUUAUAUUUAAAUAGGCUUACUUUCUGUAUUGAAAUAUAAGUUGUAAAUAGAAAAAAAUGGGUGUAAGUUUUUAAUGAUCUUAUUUGAUCCUUAGCUUUCCUUCAAUUGAUCGAUAAAACUGAUUUGUGAAUAAACUUUUGUGCUAUUUGUUA